AGGUUGAGAACCUCCUCCUCCUACACCACCACCCCCGCCUCCUCUUCCUCGUCCUACACCACCCCCACCUUCUCUUCAUCCUCCUCCUACACCACCACCACCUCCUCGUCCUCCGAAACCACCACCACCUCAUCUUCCUCCUCCUACACCACCCCCACCUUCUCUUCAUCCUCCUCCUACACCACCACCACCUCCUCGUCCUCCUACACCACCACCACCUCCUCCUCCUACACCACCCCACCUCAUCUUCCUCCUCCUACACCACCACCACCUCAUCCUCCUCCUCCUCCUACACCACCCCCACCUUCUCUUCAUCCUCCUCCUACACCACCCCCACCUCCUCUUCCUCCUCCUACACCACCACCACCUCCUCCUACACCCCCCCACCUCAUCUUCCUCCUACACCACCACCACCUCCUCCUAGUACACCACCCCACCUCCUCUUCCUCCUCCUAC